AUGCCUGGAACGAUACGGAAUACCGUUGACAGACUUGAUAAGCCAAGUGCUUAUUACCAGGGAAGAAAUAAGAAACGCAGGUACAACGACCGGGAGGGAGACGAGGGAAGAGAGCGUACACCAGAAGAGGCAGCUGAGGACCCUCUGAAAGAUGCAGCCACCCUCUACGUUGGAAAUCUGUCCUUCUACACAACAGAAGAACAGAUUCACGAGCUCUUUUCAAAGUGCGGAGAGAUCAAACGGUUGAUUAUGGGGUUGGAUAGAUUCAAUAAGACGCCGUGUGGUUUCUGCUUCGUGGAAUACUACACCCAUCAAGAUGCGUUGGAUUGUAUGAAAUAUAUUGGAGGGACCAAGCUGGACGAGCGGAUCAUUCGAACAGAUCUUGAUCCUGGAUUUCAAGAGGGAAGACAAUAUGGGCGGGGAAAAUCUGGCGGCCAAGUGCGCGAUGAGUACCGGGAGGAAUAUGAUGAGGGUAGAGGAGGGCUGGGUCGUGCUAUUCAGGCAGAGAGAGUGAAGGAGGAAGAAGAGUACGGUAAGGGUAGAUAG